CGAGCAAAGCUCUACUUCUCUCACAUAAUCACUUCGAAGCAAACAUCAUUUCCUGAAUCUCAGAUCAUCUUUCAUUCUCUACACUUCGAACCCAGCAGAAAACAUACUUGAUUCCACUCCCAACCUUAACCCCUUUCCAACACCACGAUGACCUGCCCCAUGCCCCUCACGCGAACGUAUCCCCUCAGCAAACCACCCAACCACACCCUCCCGGUUCCCCGCUACACCGCCACCCUCCUGUCCUCUACGACCCACCUCCAUACCCUCUAUAUCGGCCUCCAAACGCACUCCACCUCUGGCGCGAUUACAGCCGCCGCCCACCAACUCCAGAAACACAUCCAAUUCUGGAUCGACUCGACCCCCGAGCUUAGCCACGAAAGUGAGUCACCACUCGACCUCACGUACGAGCGCUUCACCCUCAUCGACCACGCAGGUGGUGACCCCGCCGGCUCCAAAGUCUGGGUGUGCUACCAAUCCUUCACCACCCGCGGAUCUUCACCGCCCUCUCCAACAUUUCCGGACAUCGACCUGCCCUCCCUGUACAAAACCAUCCCCGAAGCCAGCCGCCCUGCCAUCGGUCUCUGGAAAGAAUCCUUCACCACGCCCGUGGGCAGACUCGAGACGAACUACUCCGGUACAGACUACCUCCCCGGCCUUGCGCGGAUCCCGGGCGUGCGGGUGGCAGAGCACGAGCUCGCGACGUACUGGGGCGCAGCGCGGGACCGGAUUCCAGAGGCGGGAUGGGAUUUGUUUCCGCGGCCGGAUACAGGAGGCAUGAGGACUGAGGUAGGGGACGUGGAUGGGAGAGGGCAUGUUUUCAAGGGCACGAACAAAGCAAACGUCGUGCACAUCCGGUCGGGACAGUGGUGGGAGAAUUGCGAAGACGAGGAGAGGGGGGCGUACGAGGGGAAGUUGGAACCCACGUUGCGGGCGGGGCUAUCUUACCUCAACUCACAUCGCGAGGAGAGUGGGUGCAUGAGAAUUCGCUACUUGCGGAAUGGGGAGGGUGACGAAGACGUGCGAGAAACAUGCGGCGCGGGGUUCUUCCACAACCUAGAGGAUCUGGAACGCUGGAGCAAGACGCAUAGCAGCCACCUGAAGAUCUGGCGCGGGGCGCUGGCGCACUACAAGGCGUUUCCCGAGAAUAGAAGGCUGCGAACGUGGCACGAGGUUAGUGUGAUACGGGAGGGGGAGGCAAGGUGGGAGUAUAUGAAUUGUAAGGGGGGUACGGGAGUUAUGGGGUGUGUGGUACUGGAGGGCACACCAUUGGCAUAACGAGCGCAGCACAGGGUCUUCUAUUCCGAGAGAUUUUCGAUUGUCCUUUUGUAUGAAAUUGCUCGAAUCGAGAACAAAUGUGGUAGAACUUUGAAGUCUUGUCUGAAUCCCAUCCUGCAUAGAGUCCGCGUAUAAGCCUUGGUCGUACUGAGAUAGAUGCGCGGUGGAGAUCAGCAGUGCCGUCUGUGCGACAACGUAUGCGUCGCGGCUUUCGACGGCAUACUGGCAUUUCGAGAUCCAGA